CGUAAAGCUCUUUCGCAUGAUGUUCGUCAAGAGAUGUUUGACAUAACAAAUGCAAACGUUGGUGAAACACGAAAGAGAGACGACACACUGAAACAACAGAGAAGAGAGAUGUUUAAGAGCGCUAUAGAACAAGUUCGCAAAGCUAACGAUGUCAUUCGUUCCAUUGAC